GGGGCGGCCAAUGCGCAACUGGCUGGUGCUGCUGUGCCCGUGUGCGCUCGCGGCCGCGCUGCACCUCUGGCUGCGGCUGCGCUCCCCGCCGCCCGCCCGCGCCUCCGGGGACGGCCUGGCAGAUCAGUUGACCUCAUUUCCUCAGUGGAAAUCUGAUCAUUAUGAUGUGGUAGUUGGAGUCUUGUCAGCUCGCAAUAACCAUGAACUUCGAAAUGUAAUAAGAAGCACCUGGCUGAAGCAUUUAGCACAACAUCCAACAUUAAGUAAACGUGUGCUUGUGAAGUUCAUCAUAGGUGCGCAUGGCUGUGCAGUGCCUGUGGAAGAUAGGGAAGAUCCAUAUUCUUGCAAACUACUCAACAUCACAAAUCCAGUUCUGAAUCAGGAAAUUGAAGCAUUCAGUCUUUCUGAAGAUACUUCAUCAGGGCUUUCUGAGGACCGAGUUGUCAGUGUGAGCUUCAGAGUUCUCUACCCAAUUGUCAUUACCAGUCUUGGAGUGUUUUCUGAUGCUAAUAAUGUGGGUUUCCAGAGGAACAUUACUGUCAAACUUUAUCAGGCAGAACAGGAGGAGGCCCUCUUUAUUGCUCGUUUUAGUCCUCCGAGCUGUGGCGUGCAGGUGAACAAGUUGUGGUACAAGCCUGUGGAGCAGUUCAUCUUACCAGAGAGCUUUGAAGGUACCAUUGUGUGGGAGAGCCAAGAUCUCCAAGGCCUGCUGUCAAGAAAUCUCCACCAAGUGACAGUAAAUGAUGGAGGUGGAGUUCUCAGAGUCAUUACAGCUGGAGAGGGUGCAUUGCCUCAUGAAUUCAUGGAAGGCGUGGAGGGAGUUGCAGGUGGCUUUAUUUAUACUAUUCAGGAAGGUGAUGCUCUCUUAGAAAACCUUCAUUCUCGUCCUCAAAGACUUAGUGAUCAUAUAAGUAAUCUUCAAAAGGAAGAUGCCUUACUGAAGGAGGAAAGCUGCAUCUAUGAUGAUAUUGUUUUUGUGGAUGUUAUUGACACUUACCGAAAUGUUCCUGCAAAAUUAUUGAACUUCUAUAGAUGGAUUGUGGAAACAGCCAGCUUUGAUUUAUUGCUAAAGACAGAUGACGACUGUUAUAUUGACAUAGAAGCUAUAUUUCAUAGAAUUGCCCACAGGAAUCUAGAAGGGCCUAAUUUUUGGUGGGGAAAUUUCAGAUUGAAUUGGGCUGUUGACCGAAGUGGAAAGUGGCAGGAAUUGGAGUAUCCUAGUCCUGCUUACCCAGCCUUUGCAUGUGGGUCAGGGUAUAUGAUCUCCAGAGACAUUGUCCACUGGCUGGCCAGAAACUCAGGGAGAUUAAAGACUUAUCAGGGUGAAGAUGUGAGUAUGGGCAUUUGGAUGGCAGCCAUAGGACCUAAAAGAUACCAGGACAGUCUCUGGCUGUGUGAGAAGACUUGUGAAACAGGAAUGUUGUCUUCACCUCAGUAUUCUCCACAGGAACUGAUAGAUCUAUGGAAACUGAAGGAAUCAUGCGGUGAUCCUUGUCAGUGUGAAGCAAAAUGAUGAUUUUAAGUGGUAGUGUUUAAACAUCAGGGUAGGUAAAUGAUAAUUUGAGCAGAGGUCUGCAGAAAGCCCACUGAUUGACAAUAGAACAUAUCUCAUCACAGUUCUGGCCUGGCACUAUCACCUACAACCAAUGUGGUAUUUAGUGUCUGCACAGAUUUUCCUUUUGAAAAAUCUUAUAGCAUAAGAAAAAUUAUUUCAUCCUGGAAGAUAGCUGAAAAAUACCAAGUUAAGAAAACAAAAUAUUUCUCAAUAUUGAUGCAUUGUUUCCAGGUAAAUUGUUUCCUUUUUUUUUUUUUUAUUUAAAAUUUGGCCAAGUAACAGAAGGUUUGAAAGAAACAGAGUUACAGAAUAGCUCUGUAUACAUAAUUAAGGGGCCAGAGCAAUAUUACAGUGGGAAGGUGCUUGCCUUGCAUGCAGCCAACCCAUGAUUGAUCGCCAGUACUCCAUAUGACUCCGAGUACUGCCAGGUGUGGCCCCAAAACAAAA